AUGGCAGCCGUUGCAGGAAUACAAACGUUCAAGGUUGCACUGGUACAGACAUGCCCCAAGGUUCUUGAUGCGGAGCACAACUUCGCAUAUGCGUCAAAACAAAUUCGUCUGGCAGCAGCACAAGGGGCAUCGCUGGCCGUCUUGCCUGAAUACCAUUUGACAGGGUGGAUGCCGGAAGAGCCGUCGUUCGCCCUGACCCCUGAAGCAGCUUGCCACUUCCAAAAGCAAUACCGGGAACUCGCAGCAGAACUACACAUCAACAUCUGUGCGGGGACUAUUGUCUCGCAGGCACCGGAGAGCCAACCGUCAGGCGAAACUGGCGCAAAGUCGAAACCAACUCUUCUCAAUACGUCUUAUUUUAUUGAUCACAAUGGUCGGCUACUCGGCGCGUAUACUAAAACCAACCUAUGGAUCCCUGAACGCAACCAUCUUACCUCCAGCGUCGACUAUGCCCAUAAGAUGAACCUCACCGAGGGCGCACCCGCGACAGGACCUCAUCAGGUCUUCGACACACCCCUCGGACCAGUUGGAAUUCUGGUAUGCUGGGAUCUUGCAUUCCCUGAGGCAUUCCGGCAUCUCGUUCUUGCAGGAGCCAAGAUCAUCAUCGUGCCUUCGUACUGGACUCUGUCAGAUAUGAGUCAAGAAGGGCUUAAAUACAACGUCAACUGCGAAAAGAUGUUCGUGGAAACCACUCUAAUCACACGCGCGUUUGAGAACACUGUCGCGCUCAUCUACUGCAACGUUGCCGGGUCAGCGGAGCAAGGGUUCUUUGGAUGCAGCCAAGUUGCUUUGCCCAUCGUUGGCAAAGUUCCUGGAAGCUUUACCGAUGGCGAGGAGGGGAUGCGCUUGGUGGACGUUGACAUGCGAUUGGUGGAGAUAGCAGAACAGAAUUAUCAGAUUAGAAAGGAUCUGAAGCGGGUCGAUUGGCAUUAUGGGUAUUCAAAAGUAGCAAAGCUUUAG